AUGGCCACGUUGGUCCGUGAGUCAGGUGAUGUCUCAGACCCCAGCAAUGACUCACCGGCAGACAGGAUGAUACAGCGUGACACUGGUCUUCAAGAAAUCACAACUAAAUUUGAAAACGAUUUCAGCAUUGAACCAGAUGCAGAUCUGAACCUCGAUCUUUCAGAUUCUACCCCAAGAGACUCAGACACUGCCUCAAAUUCCAGCAGUUUCCCCGAAGUGGAUGAGAAUCUAGAAGACAACAGCGAUGACAGUACAAAACCAAAGAAAAACAUUAACAAUGGGGAUAAGCCAAAGUCACUUAACGAUAGCUCUUCGUUGAGAUCUGCAGAAGAAGAACCGGAUGCACAUCUGAAAUCGGAAGUGAAAGGUUCCAAGAAGAAAAAGGCCAAAGACAAUUCUAAAACUGCUUCCGAUGCGGAAAGUUUGGGCAGCAAAAAGGAGUCUUCCGCCUCCUCGAUGAGUAAAAACCCGUUAAAACUGCUCAAGAGAUUGACAAAAUUCGAUAAAUCCAGCAAGAGAAAGUCAAGUUUCAAUUUCGCUACGAUUGUAGUGGACAAACUACCUCAAGUGUUUGUGGUCAAGUAUCUAGGUCACCGGGAGGUUCCUGGGGUCAGCGGGCUGCAGCAUAUCCGCAAACCUGUGGACGAGAUGGUGCAGCAAGUUAGAGCUAAGUUUGACGCCAAGGAAGAAGUAAGACUGCCACUUCUCUACGUUGUCGUCUCCGAGAAAGGCUUGGAACUCCGGGAGCACCAAAGCAACAAGGAAAAAGGCACUGCUCCACUAGGCCUCAUGCCUAUCGACUUCAUCUCCUAUGGCGUUCAGGACAUCAAGUACUGGAAAGUGUUUACCUGCAUCGUUGUCCGGUCCCUCUCCUGGCAGAUGCGCUCAGCUACUUGUCAUGCUUUCUUCUGCGACUCCCCUCAUAGCGGACGCAAGAUGGCUCUAUCUCUAGGAGCGGCCUUCAACGUCUACGCCAAGAAACUGAAAGCUGAUGGAAAAAGUCAUAAUUUUCAAGUAGAGCUUCGGCCGCCUGACGAAAUUGUCGACGAGAUAUCUGAAUGUGAUGCUUGA